GUGAACAUAUGAAAUGGUGUAUAUACAAACUAUUUUUUACAUAUAUUUAUUCAACUUUUUCCAAUAAAAUUUUAAUUUAAAUCACCUAAUAAUAAAUUUGUACAUAAACAUCGCUAACAUGAUUCUAGUGAAAAAGAAAACCCAGGAUUUAUGUAACUUGCAAUUCAAAAUCGAGCCAACCAAGUAGAAUUCAAGAGGAAACUUUUGGGCUUCAACGGCCACUGGAGCCCGACCCGGUAACUCUUACCUCUCUUUCCCUUGCUUCUCCCCAUUUCAAUCUCUGCUCUCUCGUCGUCACCGCCGUUCUGUCAAAUUCGAAUCAAGAUAUGGAUCCAGAGGCUGCACGAACUGCCCGAGAAUCCCUUGACCUUGCGUUUCACAUGUCCAACAUUCUUGAUACGGGGCUUGAUCGUCACACCCUCUCAAUUCUCAUUGCCCUUUGUGACUUGGGUCUGAACCCUGAGGCUCUGGCUGCUGUGGUUAAGGAACUCCGACGAGAACCCUCUCCCUCAUCCACGAUUCCUACUGCUCCAUCAUAGUAACUUAAAUGGGUUUGUGGUAUUAUCUAAUAACUUUAAAUAGUGAGAAGGAACUAUUGUCAUGAGUUGCAGUCUAUCCUGCUUGUACAGUUUCUACAACCCUCGAUUUUGUCUGCAUCACUACCUUGUUCUAUUCUGUUGUGUCUUUGUUUAAUCUGUGUUAUUGUAUUCUCUAUUUUGAGUUUUGUUUAGUUUUUGUUGCUAUGAAUGAAGCUUGGGUUUGCUUGUUUAAUUUUUUA